UAAUUGUAAAGAUUACAAUAUACACAAAAUGAGAAGCUAACAGUGUAUUUGUAUAUGAAAAUUAAAGUUAAUUGCUACUAUCAAUUAAUGUUAAUUAUCUUUAAAUUACAAUUAAGAUAUUUUCUUGAUCAGUUGAUUAAGAUGAUCUUGAGUGUUAGUCGAUGGAUUGAAAGAGAGAGCAGAUUAUAAAGUGAAAAAUUCAACAUUCACAGAGAAACAUAAAGUUAUUGAUAGAAUAGUUAAUUGUUGAUUUGAUUGUCUUGGUUUGCCUUUUUGUUUCGUUCACAAUUAACUUAAUUCAUUAAUGGAUAAUCUAUCGGUCAAUGAGGGUAAAAGAAAAUCCCUCAUGGAAAAGGUCAAUCAAAUUCCAGGUAUCGGUUUAGUUAUGGCCAUGGGAUCGGGUAUUUCUCUGGCCACUGGAGGUUUAACCGUUAAACUGGUUGAUUCACUUUCGGGAAUUGAGAUUGCCGUUGCUCGUUCUUUGGUAACUUGUGUAUUGGUUUUCAUUUUCAUUCUGUUCCAACGGGAAUCGUUCAUGCCACCAUCGGGUGAACGUUUCCCUCUCUUAAUGAGAUCAGUGACUGGAUGUAUUGCAUUGAUUUUCUCAUUCUCAGCAAUUAAGUUAAUUCCUCUCGGUGAUUCACAAUCAAUCGUCUUUUCAUCACCAGUGUUUGUCUCGAUACUUGGAUGUUUAAUUCUUAAAGAACCUUGUGGAAUAGUCCAAAUUUUUUCCGUUUUCAUGGCGAUCGGAGGCAUUUUUCUCAUCUCAAGGCCAAGUUUCAUAUUCCCCUCGAACGAUGUUACAUUAGUCUCUACAUCUUCGAAUCGUACCCUUGGCCUAACGUUUGCCCUUUGCUCGUGUCUCGGUGCUUCAUUCACAUUCAUAUGUAUGCGUCGAUUACCCAAAACUCCAGCAUCGGUUGUAGUCUUUUGGUAUUCAACAUUUUGUGUAGUCGCUGGUACAAUUGUCUCAUUUACCAAUGGUACAUUCACCUUACCGGAAACACUACAUGAUUAUGGUUUACUUUUACUCUGUGGAUUGACCGGUCUAUUUGGUCAAGGGAUAUUAACACUCGCUCUUAAGAUUGAAAAUGCUGGACCAGUUUCCUUGGCUCGAUCAAUUGAAAUCGUCAUGGCCUUUAUUUAUCAAGUAACGAUUCUGGGUGAAAGUGUAUCAAUAUAUUCAGGCAUUGGUGCCAUUGUCCUAGGAAUCGGUGUAAUUACCGUUGGUCUUCAUAAAUGGUACCUAAGUGACCCUCAACAAUUUAAUAGUAUUUUCUGUUGUAAAAAAAAGUCCAACACAACAGUAAACACUUUCUCCAAUCAAACAUAAUCAUUUAAUCAUGGAAAUAAAUUUGAUUAAAUUAAUCCAUUUUUUUCCUAUCAUCAAUGUCAUCACAAUUAAUAAAAAUCUCUCUUUCCAAAGACAAA